AUGCCUUCUUUGGGGUUCCUGAAGAAGAAGAAGACGCGGGACUCGACCGACUCGCCCACCUCGCCCGUCAAGGACAGCACCACGUCGCCCAUCUUCCCGACCACCUCCAAGACACAGCGCGCCUCGGUCGUGAGCAAGGCGUCGACCAAGACGAACCCGGACACCCUCGCCCAGCAGCCCGCCCAGGGCUCCCAGGCGUCUGCCGGCGCCUCCCACAAGCAGGUCGACUCGAUGAACUCCCAGCCCCAGCAGGCGUACGCGACCCCGCAGGCCUCGCCCGAGCCCUACCAGUCCGCCUCGCACAACGUGCCCUCCAUCCAGAACCUAAUACACCCCACCAACGCCAAUGCCGCGCCCGCCAGCUCCCAGCAGCCCCAGCAGCCCGCGAAGCCCGCCAAUGGCGCCCUGCAGACCGCGCAGCCGCCCGCGCAGCCGCGCGUGACAAAGGGCAAGUACACGCUGCAGGACUUUGCCAUCCAGCGCACCCUCGGCACCGGCAGCUUCGGCCGCGUGCACCUGGUGCAGUCCAAGCACAACCAGCGCUACUAUGCCGUCAAGGUGCUGAAGAAGGCCCAGGUGGUCAAGAUGAAGCAGGUCGAGCACACAAACGACGAGCGCCGCAUGCUGCAGCAGGUCAAGCAUCCAUUCCUAAUCACCCUGUGGGGCACCUUCCAGGACUCAAAAAACCUGUACAUGGUCAUGGACUUCGUCGAGGGCGGUGAGCUCUUCAGCUUGCUCCGCAAGUCACAACGUUUCCCCAACCCGGUCGCAAAGUUCUACGCUGCCGAAGUCACCCUUGCCCUCGACUACCUGCACGCGCAGAACAUCAUCUACCGCGACCUCAAGCCCGAGAACCUGCUGCUCGACCGGCACGGCCACCUGAAGAUCACCGAUUUUGGAUUCGCCAAAGAAGUGCCAGACAUCACCUGGACGCUUUGCGGUACUCCCGACUAUCUCGCGCCUGAGGUUGUGGCAUCAAAGGGCUACAACAAAUCCGUAGAUUGGUGGUCUCUCGGUAUCCUCAUUUUCGAGAUGCUCUGCGGUUUCACGCCCUUCUGGGACGGUGGCUCGCCCAUGAAGAUCUACGAAAACAUUCUCAAAGGCCGUGUAAAAUACCCGCCGUACAUCCACCCCGACGCGCAGGAUCUUCUUCAGAAGCUCAUCACACCCGACCUCACAAAGCGGCUUGGCAAUCUCCACGGAGGCAGCAAGGAUGUCAUGAACCACCCGUGGUUCGCUGAGGUGACAUGGGAAAGACUGCAGAAGAAAGACAUCGAUGCGCCGUACGUGCCGCCGGUUCGCGCCGGCGUCGGUGAUGCCAGCCAGUUUGACAAGUACCCUGAAGAGACAGAGGCGUACGGACAGACUGGAGAAGACCCACACGGUCCCUUGUUCCUGGACUUUUAA